UCAAGUGUUUCCACGGACACUUCUUUCCUCAUCAUCCAUUGACUGGAGACUUCUGUCUGUAGUCUUCACCCAUAUUUCCCCCUUUCUACCUUCCCAGCUUCCCCAUAAAUCUUCCCAGCCGUCGCUUUUCCUUUCAAUUUCCUCUUCCAUUCUGUCACCAAAGCCCAUAAAUCCUCAAUCAGUCUCUGAUUAUUUGCAACAACAUUUCCUAUUCUGAUCUUACUUCAGUAUCUCAGCUGAAAAAAUGGGAUCUACAUCACUUUCUUCCUCCAACUCCAAACCGACUUGGACGGCCGAGCAACACAAAAUGUUCGAAAAUGCUUUGGCAAUAUAUUACAAGGAAACGCCAGACCGUUGGCAAAACAUUGCAAGUGCCAUUGGAGGGACAACUGAAGAGGAGGUGAAGAGGCAGUAUGAGAUCCUUUUAGAGGACAUCAAGGGCAUUGAGUCAGGGAAGGUGCCUGUUCCUAAUUACAGGAAAAUUGGAGGAAGCAGUGGAUUAAAUAACAUUUGCAGUUGAGAAGAGAGGGACUGAUCAGUGUUUUGCCUAGAAUUUUGAUUUGAAGAACCUAAUGCUCAAAGCCUCAAAUGAGGAACUAUUCCUAGCACUCGAAACAAGCUCCAUUUUUAACAAGCAAUAACCUUUGACGGUUCUCAUUUUUCCUACUAUUUUACCUUACUGAAAAAACAAAAGAGAAUGUAAUAAGCUUUUCUUCUGUCCUAUACUUACCAAGGAAGAUCAAUCAAUCAUAUUAGUGCUUACUUGUUU